AUGCUGUGUAGAGCAAUUUUUCGUAGUCAUAUUUAUCAUGCGACAACUCGAGUUUCAUAUAACACGACGAGAAACUUGGAUUAUCGAAGGCGAAGGUUAGAGGUUUUCGAUGCUGAGAAAAAGCGCCAGUUGCAAAACAUUUCAGUCAAGAAGGUUUGUAUAAAAGUUUUCGGUAAUGAUGGUGAAUCAAAGGUUCUGUUAAUGAAUGAUGGAAUUUCUUCCUAUUUUGAUUGCAUGAGACAUAUGUCGCGGUUAAAAGCAGAAAGAACCGCACUUGUGCGCUUACUGAACAAAUCUGAAGAUGCUUUCUUCUCAGUUCACGACAGAAUUAAUGGUGACUCUGAAAUCGAACUAUUAGGAUUUAAUAAUAUGAUAUAUUAUGAUUACGUUAAUAAGGCUUAUUGGCGGACUUGUGCAUAUAUUCUUGGUGCUAUUAUCGAAAAUUCAUUCCGGAACCAAGUCCAUCUUAUCAGACCCGAAUCGUUAGAUUAUAAAAGUGGAAGAUUUGCAUACAGAGUUGAAAUAGAAGAUUUAAACGGCUGGAAGGCUAGUCAGUUAGUUAAUCAGUUAGUUUUUCUAAAGGAUGAUCUUGCCGUUCUCAGUUUGUGUAUAAGUGAAUUUAUAUCUCGAAAGUUACCAUUUGAAUCACUUCGAGUAACGCGUCAAGUGGCCGCAAUCAUAUUCCGUGAUAAUAAGUGGAAAAUCGAAUCACUGGAAGAAGAGGAUGAAGAAUUAUUUGUAUUUAAGUUGGGAAACCAUGUUGACAUUUGUGAUGGACCACUUAUUAACAACUCCAGUCAGAUUGGCAAAUUCGCUGUGACUAAAGUGGAUUACGAGGAAUCAUGUUUGUGUUUCUAUGGAGUUUCAUUGCCGGCUGAACAAAAAUGCACUUCUUAUACAUGGGAUUUAUUAGUCGCUGCUUCUCGUCAAUCAGAAGAAAAUUAUGGAAUCUGA